GGUCUUUUGUUUUCUCCAUCGCUGCAGCAUCAAGGACGGAGAUCUCAGGGCGAUACGAGGAUCCAUGAGAAACGCUUCGAGUGGGAUACUGCCUCGGUAUCACGGUCGUGUGGGGGUUCAGCCAUGGACGCCGGGAGGCUGGAGCAGCAGGUGGCCAGUGUGGAGAGAGGCAUCGCCUUCCUGAAGCAGGAGCACCUGGCCAUGCUGACGGGACUGCAGCUGGAGAUCACACACCUGAAGAGGCGUUGUCAUGAGCUAAGCUGUGAGCUGGACUCCGGGUUUCCCGACAGAAACACAGCAGAGGAGGAAGCAGAGCUGGCAGCACGCUGUGAGGCUGCAGAGCGUCUCCUAGAGGACCAGCAGUGCAUGAUGGUCGCCGUACGUGGGGAGCUGCGGGCCGGCAGGGCACGAACAUCGGCACUCGGUAGGAGCCUCCGGGAAGAAGAGCGGCGUUUCCUGGAAGAGCUCAAACGCCGCAGCCACAAGAUCACGCUGCUGAGUCGUGAGCUGCAACGCCAAAAUGUCACCACCACGACCCUCUGCCACGAGCUCCACACUGCACGCUUAAAACUGUUCCAGCAACGGCAGAGGACCGACUCUGCUGCAGAGAGAGAGGAGGAACCCAGAGGAAAGGAGGAAGAAGAAGGAGAGGAAGACGAGGAUGAAGAUGAGGAGGAUGAGGAUGAUGACGGGGGGGGCUCGGACUGGCUUCUGUCUCCACCUCCUCCGGCCUCGCCCAGCCGAGCAGAGGCGAGACACAGAAGGCGUGUCACGGCGAGAGAGGAGAGGGUCAGAGCUUGCGUCCCGCGGGAGCGAGUGAUGUCAGCGCAGAGGCCACACCCCAUGCCCGACCCUGCCCUCUUCCUGGUGCCGCUCAGAUACCGCCUCCUCCGCCUGAACCGGCCCGUCGGAACGCAGGAAGGAGACGGGAUGGAGGACGAGUGGGAGGAUAUAGAAGACAGCAGGGUACACAGGAGGGUGGACAUGGGGGCAGGAGAAGGAGAAACUGCUCUGUGA